AUGUUUGUGGAGGUUGAAAAUAAAUAUGAUUAUACAUUUGAAUAUGAAGUUUCAAAUUCAAUAUUCAGUUGUUUCAAUCAAUACCAUUACACAUAUAAAAAAGAAUUUCCACAGGAAUUAAAUAAAAUUAUUACAGAAAAAGAAUAUGAAAUUAUUGGAGAUUAUUUAAAAUAUCAAUCUAAUAAUGGAAGUCCUCAAAACUAUUUCGUUAAAACAACCAUAGAAAGUAUAUUUUGGAUGACUACAGUAGUUUACUCUUUGGCAACAAAAAAUCAAUUUGAAAUUGUAUCAAUAUUAUUCUUUACAUCGCUUGCUAUUAGUGUAUUAUUAAACUUUCCAACCUUGAUCUACAAUAAAAUAUGGACAUUGAUCUUAAAAAGAAAAUAUAAAUCAAUGUUAAAGGGAAGAAAUGUCAGGGUUGGUUUUUCAUUUGUUUAUAGAAAAUACUUUUUAAUUUCAUUAAAAAUAUAUGUUAGAUUAAGUGUAAUUCUUUUAUAUGUAUUAUACUAUUUAGAGCACCAUCAUCAUGGUGAUAAAAACACUAGGGUUUUAUAUGCAGUAACUCUUUUCUUUUUAAUUUUACAAACUAUUUUAAACUUUUUAUUCUUUUUGUUAUUCACAAAAUUGGGGGGACUAUUUUUAACUAAAAUCAGGCCAAAUAUUCCAAAUGAAAAAAUGGCCGAUAUUUUAAUUUUCAAAAUUUUGCACCCUGUUGUAUUUAGUUUAUAUUACAAGUCAGAAGUUGAACAUAUCGAUGACGAGGUAAACUUUUUCGAAAUGGACGAAGAAAGCUCUGCAGCAUCGAAAAAAAUAGAUUUAGAAAAAUUAAAAAAACUUUUAGAAAUUAGUUUAGAUGAUGAUAAUAGUAAUAAUAAUAAUAAUGGUUUAGAUGAUGAUGAUGAAGAAAAUCAAGAUAGAAAUCAAGAGGUUAUUAUUAAUUUAAAUGGAAUUAAUAAAAGAUAUGAUAAAUUUGGUGUAGAACUUGAAGAAAAGAGAAAAAGAUUUUAUUUUAAAUUUGGGUAUGAAAUAGCACCAUCGUCAUUAUCAUUAUCGACACCAGUGUAUGACUAUACAUUUUGUUCUUAUUUACCCAAUGAACUAAUUGGUAUAGUUAAUGAAGAAGAGUAUCAACUUACAGAGAAAAUGUAUAUAGAAAUGGUUAAUUUAUUAAAUAAAAAAUCAAUACUAUUUGAUAAAGUAUUUUAUUCAAAAGCAACAAGUUAUCAAUUAUUUCAAAUUGUAAAUUUAUUUUCACAUUUAGUAGCUAUAUUAGCUGGUUUAUUCACAGGAUACAGAAAUAUGAUACCAUUGUCAAAAUUAUUAUCAGAAAAUGAUUAUAUUAAAAUGUUAAAUAAAAAUAUAUAUAAAGCAAUUGGCCCUCUUCCUUAUUACAUUUCUUAUUUAGAAAUGAAUAGUAACAAUUCAGAUAAUAAUAAUAUUUCAAACAACAAUAAUAAUAAUGAUAAUAAUAAUGUUUCAAUAAUAAUUAAUUCAUCAAAUAAUUAG